CUCUUUUUAUUUGUUGAUUUUUUUUUUGACGUAGUGCGAGAUUUUCGCUGGACGCUUGGCAGAGCAGACUAGUAUAAGUAGGCAACGCCUUCGUAGUUCCUUGAUACAGUUCGAUCUCUCCGGCCAUCGUGAGGCAUAAGCAGCCUAAACUAGGAGUGGUGGCUAUGGCUGACACUGGUGACAUUGUGGCGCUGAACGAGGAGCAGCUGAAGAAGCUAGCCCUCCUGCUGCGGAACCAAGAGGAGCCCCUUAUGAGCCAGGUGGUGAAGUCGGAGGUGGAGCGCGUCAAAUACAUCAAGAUUGUAAACGACUCGUACAAGGGAACAAUCAGCCUGCUGGACGACAGCUCGGAGAUGAACACCAAAUACGGGGCCGAAGGUGGCGCCAAGGCUGACAUUGCGCAGGAUGCUUUCGACUUCAUCUUGCACGGCCUCAACUUUAGCAUGUCGAGCAUCCGAAACUGCUGCCUGCGCGUGGACUGCAUCGACAAGAUCAGGGAGCACUACGGCUCCGUCGUCUCCAAGCUCGCCGAGCUCGACCCUGACGACGUUCCCGGCGUCCAGCAGCUGGCAGAGGAGAUGAAGAAGGUCAAGGACGCCAUGAAGGAGUACUGCAACAACACAAGGAGCGCCUCGUCACGGGCCUUGUCUAAAGCCUACUCCAUGGCCAUGAAGCAAGAGGGGAUCAAGUUCCCACGACUUAUAGAAAAGCACAAGGUGAAGCUUGGCUACGAGGGGGAGUUCGAGCAGCUGAGCGAUGCCCAGAAGCUGGAGGUCUACAACAGCAUCAUCAACGAGUCCGGCCGGGCCACGAUGCCGGCACUGGAAGUGCUCAGCUCAGCAGCAGGGGUGGCGUUGCUGGCCGUGGCGGCGAGCCUCAUGGUGUGGGACAUCUUCACCGCGGAGGACAAGCUGGAGACCGUCAUCCACGACUCCGUCAAUGUCCUCGCGGAUGUUGGGGCCUUCUAUGUGCAGGUUGCUGUGGAGGCGGCCGUCACGGAAGCCGUUGCAGACCUCGAGCUGGGCGUCUUCUUGGUGUCACUUGCCGGAUUUGUGGCGGGCACGGGGGCCGGGCUCCUUUUUGUCGCCGCCGCUGGGGUGCUCAUCGACCUUAUCAUGGGCACAGGAGGUGCUCAGGCACCCCCUGUCACCGACCUUAAGUUCCACACAGCCACCAUGCCUGAUGGCAUGGCGCUUGCCUACAUCAUUGUGCACGAUGGCUAAACUACUAGGACGCCUCAUGGCAUGCAUUGCGCUUAUUAUUGCCCUCCCAAGAUCAAGAUGCUUGCCUAAACUAGCUUCACCGCACGCCCUGCAUCGCCUGCUACUAUUUGCUUGCUUUAUUCGUGUGUGAACUGCACCAUGUAGUUGCUUUUGUAAUAAUAGUGGUCUCAACCCUCCUUUGUAAAGAGGAGGGUGAAGCCCAAUAUGUUUUCCAUUAUCUUAUAAAAAAUAAAGUUUCCCUUCUUCGAUCUUCA